AUGGAAAGGCUCGACCACUCGACACGCGCCGACAUCACCGACGACAUUGCCGGAUCUCUCAGAAGGAGCUGCGUCGAGAUGGCCUUGAAUCGCAUCGAUGGCGACGAGGAGCUUUACGUGGGAGGGAUUUUUGCACUCAAACGUCCGACCGCUCUGAGUGAUCGCGGCAUCACCCACGUGCUGUCCGUGGUGCGGUGCAACCCGUCAGAGGACUGGAGCGCUCAGUACAGACACAAGGUCAUUGAUGUGGAUGACGUGGACGAUGAAGAUUUACUCUACCACCUGCCAGGGGCGGUGAGAUUUAUCGACGAUGCCCUCCAUCCGAAACCUGAAGGGAAGGAAAAGAAAGCAGUGAGGAAUGGCCGGAAGGCUGCGGUUUUGGCAGAUGUCAUCGGCGUCGCGGCUGGGGGCGAUGCGACUGCCCCCAGCGACGAUGAAGCCAGCGACGAGCAAGCCGAGACAACCGAGGAUCCAAUAUUCAAAGCCAAGGCUGAUCGUCUUCGUGCUGCCGCCAGUCCCAGCCAGAACGACGCGCCAGCUUUGUCGGCCGACCCACGGUCUGCCGACCCCGAUGCCAUCACGCCUGUGCCUGCCAUCGAGCACCUGUCUCUCUCAAGCGCAGGUAAGCCAGGGGCGGUGUACGUGCAUUGUGCUAUGGGGAAGUCACGAUCCGUCACUGCCGUCGCCGCCUAUCUCCUCUUCAAGCACCCCGCUCGCUUUGGCCAGCGGCCGGCAGCGACCGAGAUUCAUUCCUCCGUGAGUUCGACGGCCAAGUGGCAGGGGACGAGCGACGCCGCGCAAAAAGCUGUCGAGGCUGUCGUCGCCCACAUCCGCAAGACACGCGAGAUUGCCGAGCCCAACCCGGGCUUCAUCUCGCAGCUCGAGAUGUGGUGGGACAUGGGCUGCCCCGUGAAGGAGGGAGAGCUGGAGAAGCACCAGAUCUACCAGCGCUGGACGUACAAGCGGGAGGUGGAGGAGAGUCUGGCUGUGGGCGAGGCGCCGUCGCGCCUGCGGUUCGAGGAUGAGGAGAGGGCAAAGGGCGGUGCCUCAGGCCCCGGCACGGGGCAGGAAAAGGAGCUGAGGUGCAAGAAGUGCCGUCGCGUUCUGGCCACAUCGGCAUUUGUCCUCGACCACGAGCCCGUCACGGGCGUGUCGCCUGCGUCGCAGGCAUGUCAGCAUGUCUUUGUUGAGCCUCUCAGCUGGAUGCGUCCCACACUCGAGCAAGCAGAGCUUGAAGGCCGGCUCAUCUGCCCAAGUGACAAAUGUGGUGCUAGCUUGGGCCGAUAUAGCUGGAGGGGCUUCAAGUGCAGUUGCGGCGGUUGGGUCACGCCAGCGUUUAGCCUCGCCAGGGGCCGCGUGGACGAGGUGCGGGCGUCAGUGGGCAUGGGCGCCGGCACGGGAGCUGAUGCCGAAGCAGCGAGGAGGGCGCAGAGGGCUGCGUUAGGUAUCAGGAUGCCGGCUGGGGCGGGAGGCGGCAAUGGUAGGCUUUGA